GAGUUGCUAAAACAAAAAGUUUUAUUUUUAUUUUUAGCAUGUCUAAAAAGGACUCGGAGGAUGUGCCACAAACACCUAGCACGGACACCGUGCCCGAGGGCAGCUUCAAUGAGGUUGACGGCACUGCCGAGAAUCUAACCAAAUUAUCUGAGGCGGAGCACAGCAGCCAGGAAGCGACAACGCCGCUCAUACAGACAACUCUGCCCAAGGCACGUAGCGCCAACUCGACGCCAGCCACCAGCUCCAACUACUCGAGUCUGCCCUGUUGCGGCGCACGUGCCUCCAAUUUGGGUGCCAACUCCGCGUGCAGCUCGUCGAACGGACUGGAGGCAGCUGCCACACGCACCGGCAGCUGCAAUGGGGAACGCAAUGCGCUGGGCAUCGACAUCAGUGCCGUGCACAAUGCGGUGCUGCGCGGCAAUCUGGCCAAGUUGCCGGAGCCGAUGCUGAACGAGCAUCCGGUGACCAUCUAUCCGGGUCCGUCGGCCAAGGCUAGCGGCGAGGUGGGGGGCCGUGGCAAGCGUUUGGUGGAGAAACACAAGGCCGUCUGUCAUAUGCUCAAUCCACAUUCCAUUAGCUCCAGCUCGUCGUCGGGCUCAUCGGGCUCACAGCAUACGUCCAGCGGCGAAGCCUCGCCAGCGGCGUCCAACAUGAAUGUGGCCGCAGCCAAGCAGCCGUCGCAGCAGCAGCAGCAGCAACAGCCGCAGCAGCAGCAGCACCACCAGCAAUUGGACGACUAUUCCGAGGACUCGCUGGAGGAGUCGACCAUCUCGACAGAUCUGACGCCCGUCAAGCAGAACGGCGUCGCCUGGGAGAUACACUUCAAGAGCAAUAAGAAAAAGUCGAGCAGCGCCAAGAGAUCCAGCUCAACAGCUGCCAAAAAGCAACAGCAUAAGGACAGCACUCUGAACGAUUUCGACAAUAGUUUCCUCUGCAACGAACAGAGCAUGCUGGGCAAGGGCACCUUUGUCAUACGUCGCUCCACGGCCAAGAAGCCGCCGCGUGCCGCCGACAUCUUUAGCAUGCCGAAGCCGCCGCGCACCUCGCACGGCGCUGGCGCCAUUAGCAACGACUUCUAUACCAGCGACAGCGAACCGAGCGAAUCGACGUCGCUGCCACCGCCGCCGCCGCCGGCGCCCGCAGAGGCCAAUUUCAUCUACAAGGAGUGCGAGGCGGCAGCGGCGCAAACGCGUCGCGGCCUGGAAAUGGCGGCGGCACACAGAGCUGCGCUCUCCCUGGACAUUGCCGAGGCCACCGAGCAUCUGAUCAUCAACAAGCCGCUCAAGAGCAAGACGGCCAUGCUGACGGAGAAGCGUCUCAGCGCCGAGUCCAUGCCGGACAACACCUCCAGCAGCGAGGAGUUCGACGAGGCGCGUCUCAAUGGCAACGGCUACGAUCCGUUUGGCUACAAUGGCAACGAGCCACGCGUUUCGACCACAACCACGCCUCGCACAGAUCUAGCGCCCACCCUAGAAGAGGAUGAGGAGUCUGACUUUAGCUACGGCUGUGCCCCGCUCAAGCAGAUCGAGCACAACAUAAGCGCGCUGCUCCGUGGCGAUAUGCCGCUGCCUGGCCAGCUGCAGUUACAGGCAAAUGGCUGCACUGCAUCGUCAGCUGGCUCAGCUGGCACAGCUGCCACGGCUGCUGCUGCUGCCGCCGCCGCUGCCGCUGCGGAGCUGCAUGCCAAGCGUGUGCUGGAGUUCCGUCCGGGCGUGCACAAGUCGGAGAGCGCGAAGGAGAUGCUGUUAUCGCAGAGCAUCGGCUUUGGCCCGUUGCCACCGUCGCCGCCCAGCUCCAAUCCGGACAUUUUCGACUAUGAUGCACCGCUGCCGCCUUCGCCUGUGGAGCCACGCAAGCCACUCGAGCUGCCGGCCUCUGCCGGUAGUGCCAAUCGCGGCACUACCGUUGUCGAGGUACAUGCCACCGCCUCGGGCGCUGCGGUGCACAGCAGCAACAGCCACACACGGCGCAGUCGCGACAAUGUGGCUGCAGUGCGUCAUUUCACUGACGAGCUGCCAGCGCCGCCAGCACCGGCCCAUCAAACGAACUGCUUUGCCGACGGCUUGCCCGGUCCGCCGCUGGCGCCCGCUGUGCCGCCCCAUCGUGCCGGACAUUCGUUGAACACUAUGAAAUCGUGGAGCAUUGAUUCACAGUAUCGCAAGCGUUCGCCCAAGUUGUUUGGCUAUAGCAGCGGCAGCGGCAUCACCACACCCACUGGGCUGGGCGGCAUGCCGCCGCUGCCCCAGCCCCCGAUGGGCACCAUCGGCUCCUGUGAUGGCGGCUCAGUGGCCGGCACGGGCUCCUAUCAACGGCGCUAUAUCAACUAUGGCACCAAGCGCAGCCUGAAGCAAUCGCCACGCGAAGAGCAUCGCCUGCAAACCUCAUGUAGUCUUCCUGAAACGCCAAUCUUUGCCAGAGGCUGUGACAUACCACGUACGCCAUAUCGUCGCCAAAAUGAUCCCAUACCUGUGAGUGGCUCCCGCACUGCGCCACGGUCCAGCACAUCGAACAGCAUCAACAUGGGCAACUCCAUUCUGGGCAUAGGCGCUGGCGCCUAUGGCACCGCUCAGAUCUGCCGACAGCGUUCGAUCAAUCAUGCCUUAGCCUCCAAUGAAAUGCUGCGCAUGACGGGCGCCCCGGCGCGCGGCUGGUAUCCGAAGCAGCGCAACAUGCGGCCCGCCUCCACGGAGAACAUCGAUCGCCUGGCCUCGGUGCGUGUCUGGGACAAUCCGGCUGGCAUGUCCGGCACGGGCCAGUCACGCAAGCCGCUCACCCUGCCGCCCAACCUGACGCCCUCCUUCCUGAACAAGUCGCCGCGCGAAGCGCUGCGUCGUGUCACCAGCUUGCUAAUCACCAAGAAGAAGCAUAAUAAGGAGCGCAAGCACAAGGCGUACAGUGAUCUGCCCAUGGAUGAAAGCAAUAGCAAGCAUGCCUAUGAAUUUGAAACUGGUUCCACGAAGCGCAAGGAGAGCAGCAGUCGCAGCAAGGACAGUGCUGCUGCCGCCUCUGCUGCUGGUGUUGCUGCCACGCCCAAGGCCAAAAAGAAGGGUCUCUUCAAGACGUUGUGGAAGCGUACGAAAACCGCCUCGCUGGAUCAAUAGAGCAGCCAAAGCAACAGUAACAAUAA